CUAUAUAUAGUGAAUCAUGCAACAAAUACACAUUAAAGAAAAAAACUUGUGUUCUUGUACUUGUAAGGUUAGGUGACAGAAGACUCCCCAAAGCUAUGGCGGACAAGAUGGUGGUGAUGAUGAAGUUAAAAGUGGAUCUAAACUGUCCCAAAUGCUACAAAAAGGCUAAGAAAGCUAUCCGCAAAUUCCCUCAAAUAACAGACGAAAUGUUUGAUGAGAAGUCGAACACGAUCCUCAUCAAAGUGGUUUGUUACGAUCCUGAGAGGCUAAUGAACAAACUCUGCUCCAAAGGAGACGGUUCUAUCAAGUCCAUCGUGAUCCUUGAGCCACCCAAACCACCUCAACCCCAGCUAAUGAACAAACUCUGCUCCAAAGGAGACGGUUCUAUCAAGUCCAUCGUGAUCCUUGAGCCACCCAAACCACCUCAACCCCAGCCUCAGCCCCCUCAGAAGCCCAAAGAAGCUCCAGCACCAGCUCCGGCUCCUGCUCCUGUUCAGGCUCCCGCUCCUGCUCCUGUUCAGGCUCUGGCUCUGACUCCAGUACCUCAACCGAUGCCACCGGUGUGGCAGCCGUAUCAUUGUGGGCCGUAUUACGAGGCCCAACAGUACCAAUGUUACGGAAGGCCCGUUUACGAGAACUGGGGAGGUGGACGACAAUGUUGCCACGAAUACACGAACGCUCAAGGAUGCUCCAUCAUGUGA